UUCUUUUUUUGAAUAAAAAUAAAAAUGUUUUUCUCUCGGAGUCUGAGGUAGUUCUUGCUUGGUUCCUUGAAGUUGAAGUACAAAACAUAUUCUCUUGCUUUCUCUCUCAGAGAUCCCAAACUUUUACACACUUUUUCUUCUUCUUCACUUUCCUCUUUCAUUAAAUCUCAUCAUCCAUUCCCUUUUAUUUCAUAUUUUAUUUAUCCAUCCCCUUUUAGCGGCGUUAGUGAUUAUCGCCACAUUAGAUUAGAUCCUUCAAGAUUAGUUUUUUCCGCUGAUUCUAUUAAUUACCUUCAUUAAUUAAUUCUCCAACAUCAUCUAAUCAUUUACACCUACUACUACCUUUUGUUACUUCCGCCAAUUUUGUCUUUCUUCAACAAUCUUCUCUUUGUUUCCUCUUCCAAUGUUUUUGUUUUUCUUCCAAUCUCACUUGUUACUUUAGCUUCUAAACAUUAAUAUUCAGCUCUGUUCAAGUUUUUGUUGUUUAAAAGUUAUCUUUUUUAUUUUUGGUUAUUUAUUUAUUAUUAUCCUCGUGAUCCAUUUUAUCUUGUGGUGGAAGUGGGAGUUUGGUGAUCUGAAUUCAUUGACAAGUUUUAUGCUUAGGUUUUAAGAUGCCUCCUGAUCAGAGAAAAAAGUCAUCUAUAGACGUAGACUUCUUUACCGAAUAUGGUGAAGGGAGUAGAUACAUGAUAGAGGAAGUAAUUGGUAAAGGAAGCUAUGGUGUGGUUUGUUCUGCAUAUGAUACACACACUGGAGAAAAGGUUGCAAUAAAGAAAAUCAAUGACAUAUUCGAACAUGUUUCUGAUGCUACUCGCAUUCUUCGUGAGAUCAAGCUUCUUAGACUUCUACGUCAUCCUGAUAUUGUAGAGAUCAAGCAUAUUUUGUUACCUCCUUCUAGAAGGGAAUUCAAAGACAUAUAUGUUGUUUUUGAAUUAAUGGAAUCAGAUUUACAUCAAGUCAUCAAAGCAAAUGAUGACUUGACUCCAGAGCAUUACCAAUUUUUUCUCUAUCAGCUUCUACGGGGUUUGAAGUAUAUACAUACAGCAAAUGUUUUUCACCGUGAUCUAAAGCCGAAAAACAUUUUAGCGAAUGCUGACUGCAAAUUGAAGAUUUGCGACUUCGGUCUUGCCAGAGUGGCUUUCAAUGAUACACCCACUGCUAUCUUCUGGACAGAUUAUAUUGCAACAAGGUGGUAUAGGGCUCCUGAGUUGUGUGGAUCCUUUUUCUCCAAGUAUACACCAGCCAUAGACAUAUGGAGCAUUGGCUGCAUUUUCGCGGAACUCUUAACUGGAAAACCGCUUUUCCCAGGGAAGAAUGUUGUCCAUCAAUUGGACAUCAUGACUGAUUUUCUUGGAACACCAUCUCUUGAAGCUAUUGCUAGGAUACGAAAUGAGAAAGCUCGGAGAUACUUGAGCAGCAUGCGUAAGAAGAAGCCAGUUCCUUUCUCCCAAAAGUUUCCUAAUGCAGACCCCCUCGCUCUUCGUGUAUUAGAAAGAAUGUUAGCAUUUGAACCUAAGGAUCGACCUACUGCUGAAGAGGCUCUAGCGGAUCCUUAUUUUAAAGGCUUGGCCAAGUUUGAGAGAGAGCCUUGUGCUCAGCCAGUUAGCAAGAUGGAAUUUGAAUUUGAGAGGCGCAGGGUAACAAAGGAAGACGUGCGAGAGCUUAUCUACAGAGAGAUUUUGGAGUACCAUCCGAAGAUGUUAAAGGAACAUCUAGAAGGAGCAGAGCCAACAGGAUUCAUGUAUCCAAGUGCUGUGGACCACUUCAAGAAGCAAUUUGCAUACCUUGAGGAGCAUUAUGGAAAAGGUGGAACUAUUAGUCCACUUGAUAGGCAACAUGCAUCAUUACCCAGGCAGUGUGUGUUGUAUUCAGACGAUUCAAGACAGAAUAUGGCCGAGGUUGCAGCAGAUGAUCUCUCCAAGUGUUGUAUCAAAGAAGUUGAGAAGCCGACCAUUGAUAGGACUGGAGUUGUCCCUAUGAACAGGCUUCCGCUACUAGCCCCUCAAAAUAUUCAAGGAGUGAUGACUGAUAUAUGUGUUGCUGCACGGCCUAGAAAAGUUGCUGGUUCCGCAUUGCAUUACAGCCGUGGGGUAGCAGGGUCUGAGCAGCGGAGGACGAUUAGAAAUCCAUCUGUUGCAGUCCAGUAUGCUGCUUCAAGCUGUUCAUAUCCUAAGAGGAAUCCAAGCUGUAAAAAUGAGAGAGCAGAAGAUGGCAUUGAGAGUUCAAAUGGACUUCAGUCGAAGCCUCAAUACAUAGCACAAAAAGUUGCUGCUGCUGCUGCUCAUGGUGGAGCUGGCGGUAACUGGUAGAGUUUCGAUAUUUUAAAUUUGUGGCUGAAAGCUUCCUUGUGCCAGGCAAAUUGCUAUCAUUCAUUGGGAAAGCCAAAAGGAUUAAAAGGCUAAUGAAGUCUCUAGCUGAUGUUUUUAUUAGGUCUUACAAUUUGCGUCACUGAUUUAAGGUUUGGAAGGUUCCACAGUGUCUGAUUAUGAUUGUCUUGCUCUCUAGUUACUGCUACCAGAGAUCUUAAAAAGGCAUGAAAUGAAGACAUUGCAGUUACUGCUACAUGUUUGUGCUGUUCUCUUUGUGGCAGAAUGUAAGCCAUUGGUAUUGCUCUCAUUUUUGGGCAACACAACAAUGAUAUUUGUAGUUUUAUUAUAAUCAAAAUAAUGGAUUCUUUCUCACAUGUAUGCUCACCGAAUCUCUUGUGCUAUCUGUUGUCAGUUAUUAGGGGUCUUGCUCUCAUCAUCCCUCUUGUAUGUCUUCUUUUGGGCCCACAGUUUGUAACCGUUCUUUUGGUCAGAUUGUAAUGCAAGAGCUGCCUCCCUUCAAAAUGA